AUGCUUCAGCACAUCAAUUUCAGAAUGCGGUGCACAUUGCAAGAUGGCCGCAGUUUUAUAGGAACUUUUUUAGCUUUCGACAAGCACAUGAAUAUCAUUUUAGGAGACUGCGACGAGUUUAGAAAGAUCAAGCCAAAGAGUAGCAAGGCACCAGAGCGGGAGGAAAAAAGAAUUCUUGGUUUGGUUUUGUUGCGAGGAGAACAUCUUGUUUCUUUGACUGUUGAAGGGCCUCCUGCCAGUGAUGUAAGUCCUACUUAUCAACAUUAUUUGCUGUUUUCACACGAGUACUCUGUGACACUAAGCUGCCACUUAGUAGUAGCAAGCAAUUGUGCUUCGCUGACAACUUGUCAGAAUAGAAAAGUAUACACUACCAAGUUUUGAACACCAGAGAUAAGCUUAUGAAAGACCCCUGCGCUCUCUCUUGUGCAUGUAGUGGUUGUCUUGCGUCCUGUUCCUUCAUAAAAAAACAGUAAAUAUGAAUAGCGUUUGAGCAAGAUGAUGUUGCAGAUUAGGUGUAGAGGGGUUAUGGAAAUUUUGUGUGCUUUUAAAAUGACUAUCUCUAUUUGAAGCUGGCUUUUUAGGUUGGUUUCUGCAUCAUCACUGCAGUUGCUGAAAUCAGUUCAGCCAUUGUAUCAAUCUCAACGAUCACAGUGAGACUCAGCAAUCAGGCCCCGGUUGUUCAAACGUUAGAUAGUGCUAUGCACCGGAUAAAUCACGAUCUACGGAGUAGUGGAUAAGUAUUAGGGAAACCAAUAAUAAUUAUUGCACUAUCCACUGGUUAGAGAUUUAUCCGGUGGAUAGUGCUAUCCACCUUUUGAACAACUGGGGCUAAAUGGAAAGCAGCCUUGAGAUACUGUGGAAUCCCAGUAAAUGAAGCCCCUACCGGUAGGGCUGCAAUGAUACAUUUUGCCAUUAAACAUACAAGGGCCGCAAUAUGACAUGCUAUAACACACAUGUGUUACUGACCAAGCAUGAGUUCAAGACAGCUGGAUACCAGUCAAGUUUUUUUCUUGCGUUUUUGUGGCCCAAGACUAAGUCGAGGUCAGUAAAAAUGCAAAAAAGAACUAGGCCAAUAUUCAGCCAUCUUGACCAAACAAGUGUGGUUCAUAAAGAAUUUAUUUAUUUAUGUGGGAAAUCCCAAGCAGACAAGAUGGACCCAUCUUCCCCACUCAGGUAGCCAAUCGAAAAAAAGGUUUGACUAAAUCUUGGCUGCUCUCAAACUAGCAAUUCCUUCAGAAGUUUUCCUUAUUUCUGUUAUUAUUUUGACAAGUAGAAAAAGACACUGGUCUGACUCAUUAUGACUUGUGUCUUACAGUCCAAAUCCAAGCUUCUUGGAUCUAAUGCUGCUCCAGGUACAGGAAUGGGUCGUGCUGCCGGUCGUGGAGUUCCUGCUCCAUUGGCGCCUACAAUUGCUGCACCUCCAGGUAUGUGAUUUGUCUGUUGUUAAAGAUAUUUUCUUUGCUGUGUAUUAUGAUCAGACUUUACUAAAGUUCUGGAUCCUGUUGUUCAGUUUACAAUGUUUUGAUAUGUCCUUAUUGCCAAAACAUUUAAUGCAAGUUAAAAUAAGUUGACUUGGACAGUGCAUUAAACUUGAACUUUUUAUAAAGCUAAUUAUUUAGUAAUAACCAAAGGUUACGGUGUGCGGGCAACAACGAUUGAAGGUUAAAACGCUUUUGCUCCAAUGCUUUGCUUUGCGUAUGUUUCACUUGACAGACUGUCAAAACAUGUGUGAUUAGAUGAUGAGUGAUCGAAGGUCCAAACGUGCGUGAUCAGAACACAUGUGUGUUAUGUGCAUUCCAUUCAUUCUUAGUGGAAGUUCAAAUGAAUGCUGGCUACAUACAUGCAAUGCAUGCAUAAUAACAACCUGAAGCUUAGGAUUGCUGUCCCCUCUUGUCGCCCGUAAUUAGCAUUCGACUAGCCAUUGUAAGAUUUAUGUAUUGACUUUUGAUAAAGAGCAGUAAUGAAUACCCAUUGACACUGCUGGAAAGAGGGCCUGAAAAUGAGGUAACUUAUCAACUCUGAUGGCGAUACGUCUAAAUAGAGCAAAGAUUUUGCUCCACAAAGUCACGAAAUUUUACGGUUGUUUGUAUGGCCGUGGCACGCACGAACUUUCCCCCCACCUUAUACAGUGCUGUGCGUGUCUGUAAAAUUCUGUGACUUUGCAGAGCUAUAUCUUCUUUAGUUUUCAACAAAUCACUUUCAGACUUUGUGGAUUUUUGUUUACUGGUCCCUAAACCAUUAAUUAUUAAGGGUCUGUAAUGUGCAUAGGUGAUUGAUGAGUUAACCAGUGAUAUUGUAUUAUCUUGUAGGACUUGCUGGGCCUGUUAGAGGUGUUGGUGGACCAGCAGCUCAGUUGAUGACCCCACAAGGAAGGGGAGCGCCUGGUGGUAUGUAGUUUUGUACAUUCAUUUAGGAAGCCCUGUUACAACCCUCAAGUUACGACCAUUUUGGUCCCCAUGGAACGUAAAAUUUGGAAGCUGGCAACUUGAUUAAUUUUGUAAAAGUCUCCCUAAACUAAAAGAGUUGGUUGCAAAAUGGUAACCGAGCAAAAACUUUAACUUGGAGGGUUGUAUUAGGGCGAAAUUGGGAUAGACGACAAGGCCUGGAAGUGGCAUGAUGAGUUGAAACAGUGACAUAGACAAAGACAAGCGCCAAACAUAGUAAAAUGCUGACAGGGACAUGACUUCCUCCUCAGUACUUGAAAUGAGAGGUUUUGGAAUUAAGACGAGGGACAUGGGUACCAGCCCCAAGAGGGCCUCUGUAGUGGAAUGACUUGUAUUUCGGAAGUGUUGUUUGAAGCUUGUUUCAGUCUUGCUUUAUAAUGUUAGAAAGAAAAUAAGAAAAAAUAUUAGUUUAUUUUCAUGCAUUAACCUGUGUUUCUUACCUACUAUCCUUGCAGGUGGCCCACCUCAACAGGGACCACCACCGUCAGGCCCAGGGGGCAUGCCUGGUCCCCCUGGAGCAAUGGGAGCUCCUACAAGAGGACCCCCUCCUCCUCGACCACCUCUUAUGCCACCAGGAGGUAUGUAUGCUGUGCAGUUAAGAACUUUGCUGCUUGAGCAAAGCCUGUUUGAGAACUGUAAAAUAGCUUCAUGUCUAUUUUGUAGUUUCUCUUCCUUUUCCUUUGAGUAUUCUGAUAUUUCAUUCACACUUUCUUUCUUUCUUUCCAGGCUUAUUUUAAGGCAAAACUAUUUGAUUAUAUAAACCACUAGCAUACUAAACAAAUCCUUAGCUUUUAACAGAAGGUUUAUUUUGGUAUGUUUGACCUGUUUUCUGCAGGUCCUCCACCAGGAAUGCCGAUGAGAGGUCCUCCCCCUGGAAUGCGUCCCCCAGAUAUGGGCCCCCCAGGCCGGGGUAUGCCCCCUGGUAUGCCACCCCCAGGCAUGAUGCCGCCAGGAAUGGGCCGUGGACCCCCUGGCAGAAUGCCACCUCCAGGACUCAUGGGAAGAGGUAAGAUUUAAGGCUACUGGCUCUCGGAUACUCUUGAUGAACAAGAAGGACCAUAUUGAUGAGUGUAAUCCACAACUAUUAGAGCCUUCAUGUAGACAUCUCAUGUGACCUUUGUGAAUUAUCAGGAACCAGGCAUUCAACAUCUAAUUGUGACGAAGCUUUUCUAGCCCCCUAUAAAGACUAGUUUUGUCUAGUCAAAAAUUAUAUUGGGCAAUAAAUUUGUAAAUUAUCAACCCUUAGCUGUCCAAUCAGCCUUGUGUUUAACUUUAAGUAUAAAUUUAACAGUUAGGUUUGGCUUUAGCCCAUCACAUGCAUCGCCAUCCACUGUCCUUUUCUCAUGAAAGCCUCGCUGUGUCAGACUACUUGACUUUUUAUUGAUUCAACAGUUACAUCAAGAAAGGUAAAAGUGAAUAAAAACACAGCCCAUCAAAGCAGAUAAGGAUUUCUUCAACCAGAAAAUAAGGAUAAGUCAUGAGUCCCUCUCCAGAAGACUAACUCCUUUAUUGGAGCUAGCUUUUGUGAAGGCAGUGAAUGUGGUGAAAAAAAUGAAAAUUUACAAGUCUAGCAUGCCAUCACGCAUUAUUUAUCAUUCUAAGAGAUACGUUUAUACUUCUGCUCAUUAAUAAAGCAAGGAAUUCAAAGGGCAUUGUAAUACUUUAAUUAAUGAUUUUCUGUUCUUCUAUAGGACCACCGCCUGGCAUGAGGCCACCGCCCCGUUAA